AUGAUCGAAUUGUCCGACCUUGCUAAACGCUUCGAGUGGCACACUAUCAAGACGCAAUGUUGGGACUCUGCACUGGUUCCAGGUCGCUCACUUUAUGGCUUUGGAGUACCCCUAGAGGUGACUAAUUUUCCUAUGCUUCAGCGAUCUCAUGAUGAGCUCUGCAAGCUCGCUGCAGUAAAGGCGCGCCGCAUGCUACAAAAAUUCGUUUCCACUCAACGAGACCAGCUGGAAGAAAGUCUAGCCUCACCAAAGCGUAUCAAGGCAAGGGAGAUUCAAUCGUUGUGUUUUAAACAUUGCAAAUUCAUCAUUUUAAGAAAUUAA